AUGUCUCUGUCAAUGGAGGCCAGAAGCGGUCGUGCUAACCAGGUCUAUGGUGAAGAUGGUGCUAGGCUGGUUGCGGGCUGUGUGUGUUUGACGAGUGAUAGACAUCAUGUUCUUAUGAUCAGCUCUUCUGCCAACAGAAAUAAGUGGAUACUUCCUAAAGGUGGUAUUGAAACUGAUGAGCCAGACUAUAAACAGACUGCGAUCCGUGAAACCUGGGAAGAAGCAGGGUGUACCGGGGAGAUAGUUUCCUCGCUGGGUGUAGUAAAGGAUAUGAGACCACCAAAGGCUAAGACGAUGGACAGAGCUACUUUUGAAAGGGCGAAGAGCGAUGCCGAAGUGAACAAGAAUCCGCCUAGGUCGGAAUUUCAUUUCUAUGAAUUGAUAAUAGGAAAACUAGAGGACAAUUUUCCAGAGAUGCAUAAACGAGAUCGCAAGCUGUUUACAUACCGUGAGGCUAAACAGAAUCUAGUAGAGGCAAAGAGACCAGAACUCCUGGAGGCUCUCACAAGGUCUAGCAUCAUCAAGGAUUAA